ACCUCCUACGAAAGCGCUCUGCGCAGGUGCGGACGCAGGUUGCAGCAGCGCUUGGCCUCAGCGGAUGCUGUCGUCCUGCCGCUCCUCCCCCGCCCCGAAUCCGCCGUGCUCCGGCGCCUGUAGGCCUGUCGCUCCUGCCCCAGCGAUCCGGACGGCAGACCCCGUGACCCUGUCCUCCGGCCUGUGUGCGCCGGAGCAGCUCGGGACUGCACAGCGACCCGAGUGUUGGUGAGCGACCCCGGACGCGCAGCCUCUCGGUCCAUAUUUUGGAGUGGCGGCGCCUUGGAAAGAGCCGAGAGGGACGGGGAGACAUGGGAAAGUCUUUUUCACAUUUGCCUUUGCAUUCAAAUAAAGAAGAUGCUUAUGAUGGAGUCACAUCAACCGAAAACAUGAGGAAUGGACUGCUUAAUAAUGAAGUCCAUAAUGAAGAUGGAAGAGGUGGAGAUGUCUCUCAGUUUCCAUAUGUGGAAUUUACAGGAAGAGAUAGUGUCACUUGUCCCACUUGUCAAGGAACAGGAAGAAUUCCUAGGGGGCAAGAAAACCAGCUGGUGGCAUUGAUUCCAUAUAGCGAUCAGAGAUUAAGGCCAAGAAGGACAAAGCUGUAUGUGAUGGCUUCUGUGUUUGUCUGUCUGCUCCUUUCUGGAUUGGCUGUGUUUUUCCUUUUCCCUCGCUCUAUUGACGUGAAAUACAUUGGCGUAAAAUCAGCAUACGUCAGUUAUGAUGUUCAAAAGCGUACAGUAUAUUUAAAUAUCACGAACACACUAAAUAUAACAAACAAUAACUAUUAUUCUGUUGAAGUUGAAAACAUCACUGCACAAGUUCAGUUUUCCAAAACAGUUAUCGGAAAGGCACGCUUAAACAACAUAACCAAUAUUGGCCCACUGGAUAUGAAACAAAUUGAUUAUACAGUACCUACUGUCAUAGCAGAGGAAAUGAGUUACAUGUAUGAUUUCUGUACACUGAUAUCCAUCAAAGUGCAUAACAUAGUACUCAUGAUGCAAGUUACUGUGACAACAACAUACUUUGGACACUCUGAACAGAUAUCGCAGGAGAGGUACCAGUAUGUUGAUUGUGGAAGGAACACAACUUACCAGUUGGGGCAGUCUGAGUAUUUAAAUGUACUUCAGCCACAACAGUAAAAACUGAAAGAGCUGCCACUGGAGAAGAAGAAAUCCCUAUUAAUAUUUUCCUGAACUCUGAAGGAUGAGGUACUUACUUCCUAAUAGGAGAUCUUAAAUUGAACAAACCUGAAGUUUACAUUUCCAUUGUAGGGGUACAGUUGAAAGUAUGCGGACUUGUACAUUAUUGCAACACUCUACUCUGUGUUCAUGAUAUCUGUACCAGGAUCUUUUACUUGAAUCUAAAUUUGCCGGUUGAUUUCUUCUCUCCCCAAAGGAUGACAUUGAGACUUCCCAUGUGGGACAGUAAAUAAUUAUUUACAAUUCACAACUUCAGUCACCACUGGAAACAUAAUUUUGAUGAUGAACAGAAUUUGAGAACCUUUAUUUCUGAAUGUUUUUAUAGAAUAUUACUGAGAGCCUGUUAUUCAUGAAAGACUUUCAAAAAAUAACCUUUUUUUGGUUUGUUUUAUAAAUUUCCAUUGCUACAUAGUAGUAUUUCAAGAUAUUUUAGCUAUUAGCUAGAACAUUUGUAGUUUUUCAUUUGUUGAAAUUCUACUCAUUUGCACGUUUCUGUCAGUCUUACUUGAAGCUAGUGCUUGCAUAACACUAGAAACCAACAUAAUCUUCACAAAAUUCUGUACCUAAAAUUUUUUAAAGCCCCAUUUCACAUAUUUUUCCAUAUAAGUAAGUUUUGUGAAAUUUUUGUGUAGUCCUCAAACAUAGUUAAUGUACAAUACUGUAAAUAAACUAUGCAUGGCUUUUAUACAGCUUUAAUAAAUGUCAAAUAAAGUACAGAUUCAAAGUGGAGUAAGUUGCUCAUAAAAAUAAAGAAAACAGGAAAAUGAAAUUCAGAAACUUAUAGAAUAUGAAUAUGGUUCCAGUUACAUCUGGGAUUAGGCAUAAAGUAGUUUUGAAAUAAAGUAUUUUGAUGCUCCACUUUUUUUUUAAUGCUGCUUUUCAUGCUAACAAAUUGUGGAGACACUUUUCACAACUCUUAGGUACCCAAGUCACCCCCAUCAUCCAUUUUAUGCCUGUUUUAAGGAGGAAAUCAUGUCUUUGGUAGAAGUUAUCCAAGAAAUCUUGGUCAUUAAAUGAUGGUGGCAAUAUCAAAAUAAAACCUAUAUUACCCUUUUUAAAAAUUUAGUAACUUUACAUAUGACAUGGAUACCAUGCCUCUAGCAGUUACAUUUAAAAAUUUUCAGUUUUUCGUUUGGAUUUUAUUUAAAAUUGUUUUCAAGUGUAAAUUACUGACCUUUUCACUUUGGUGUUUUAUAUUUUCAAUACCAUUUUCCAUUUGGACUUCUUGCCUUUUCACCUGACAAGUUUCUAAUUACCUUGUAAAUAAAUACCACUGAGGGUAGGGGCCAACUGUGAUACCAAAAAUAAAUAAAUAAAUAAUAAGUGGCUUGAGAUUAAUUUCUUUCUGUUCCCUUGUGACAGAAGUCAGGUUCCUCGUCCCCCAAAGUGCCUAACUUAGGUCUGAAACAUACGUAUUUAUCAGUCGGACUCUCUCAGCUGUAACACACAAACUUUGUUUAACUAUUUAGAGCGAAUGAAGCCUCCUUUUUGCCUUGAAACACUCAGGUCUCCCUUUAGCUUUCAUAUCAUUUUCUCCAUGUUUUCCUGAGUGAAUAUUUUAAAUGGGUGGAAUGCACAAAUUUCUUUUUUUUUUUAACUGCUUGUCUUACCUCAGUCCAUUGCUAGCACAUCCAUCUUUGCUAUUAGAAUCACCCCAUUACAUCUGUUAUAGACCUACUAGUCAGACCAAUCUUAAUGUGUUUUUCUUCUGUGUUUUUUGACUACUCAUUCUCCUUGAAGCUGCACACUUCCCUCAUAUAUUGUUUGUUAUUUUUCAGAUCAUUCUCAUUUCAUUUUCCCUCAUUCUCUGUCUUUUGACAUCUUUUUAUGAGUAUUAUCUAGAUCCUCUUUUCCCUCAAAAUUUCUAAUCCUGUGACUUUAGCUAACAGUCAUUUAUCUUAGGGCUUCCGAGUCUUUCUAUACACCUGAUGGGUCACCUAGAGAUAAGAGUAUUCCAGUGACUCUCUGUGUAAAAUCAUAAAAUAUUUUAAAAAUUUUUAUCAUAUUCUGUUCUGUUCUCUCCUUGUCCUCAUGUCCCAUUUACUUCAGAAUUGCCAUUCAUUUUUUUCAAAAUCAUCCUUCAGAUAUGCCUCCUUGAGAAAUCAAUCCUGAUUUAUUUUUCUGCUCUGUGUCUUUUAACCUUGGUAAAGUAUAUAGUGUAAAUUAAAUGGAUUUUUCUAUUAUUUGUGGUUCUGGUAUCCUGUUAGAGUGCAUGUAUGGAGUCUACUGAGGAGACGAAGUGAGGGAACAUUUGCUUUUAGUGACUUAGUUGUGAAUAUUUUUUUUUCAUUUUUUAAAUUAAAAACUCUUUAUUAUACCUACUUUUCCAUGAAAUAUAAGGUAGAAAAGGCUAGAAUAUAAAAAUAAAUGAAAACCAGUAGUAGAGGAAAAAAAAGGAUCAUCUGUGACUACUUCCAGAGACUUGUAAGCAACUUGUCAGAAUAAGCCUGGAA